AUGCGGCUUCGGAAAGCUGCUCGCAUUAUUCUCAUUGGUGCACCAGGUGUUGGCAAGGGGACCCAGGCUGUCCGUCUACUGGAAAGCUUUCCACAACUUGCAACCAUCUCAUCGGGCGAAUUGCUCCGCAAUAAUGUCAAAAAGCAGACCCCAUUAGGUAUCAAAGUAGCAUCUACUAUGUCCAUCGGUCAAUUAGUACCUGAUUCCAUCAUCGUCCGGCUUAUCCUACUCGAACUACAGACGCGUGGUUGGCUUUUCCCGUCGACUGAUUCUUCCUCCUUAGUACUUUCGAAUACCUCUGGAUCUAGAGAUACAGAUAUUAGUACAAAUCGUUCAUCAUUUCCUGACAAAGCCUCUCCGAUACAGACCAGUGAUGACCCUUCAGCAUCUUUCAUCCUCGAUGGUUUCCCACGCUCUCUCAACCAGGCUCGGGAACUUGACCAAGUGAUCCCCAUCAAUCUUGUUGUUUACUUGAAAACGCCUACUUCUAAGAUACUGGAGCGAAUAGCGGGUCGGUUAGUUCACGCUCCCUCAGGUCGAGUAUACAACACGACGUUCAACAAACCUAAAGUCGAUGGUAUUGACGAUUUAACGGGCGAAGUAUUAACAAAAAGAGAUGACGACCAACUUGAGACAUGGAAAACAAGAUUAGAGCAGUUUGAGAGCACAAGCCGUCCACUAUUGGACUACUAUGCCGAUAAGGGCCUCUUAUGGGAAGUUGAAGGCACAAGCAGCGACGAAAUUACACCUCAAUUACUCUCAGAGGUUGUACGAAGAUUUGGAGAGAAUGAAUGA